AUGGACUGCAACUGCGUCAGUGAUCUGCUGCUCCCCCCGGUGCCCGCUCUCUGGACACCAGGGUUUGCCUUCCCAGACUGGGCCUACAAGCCCGAGUCGAGCCCCGGCUCCCGACAGAUCCAGCUGUGGCACUUCAUCCUGGAGCUGCUGCAGAAGGAGGAGUAUCAGGGGGUGAUCGCCUGGCAGGGUGACUACGGAGAGUUUGUCAUCAAGGAUCCAGAUGAGGUGGCCCGACUGUGGGGGAUAAGGAAAUGCAAACCUCAUAUGAACUAUGACAAGCUGAGCAGGGCACUGAGGUAUUACUACAACAAGCGCAUUUUGCACAAAACCAAAGGGAAACGUUUCACCUACAAGUUUAACUUCAGCAAGGUCGUGUUGGUGAACUACCCCAUCCUGGACAUGGCCAACUCUCCCUUCUUUCUGGCCCAGAAUCACUUUAAUGGAGGCUCCACCGCGCCAGACUGCACCCCGGAGGCCAUACAGUCCCUGUUUCCCCGUCUGCCAGACUCUGCCAGAGGAACGUCCCUGUUUGAUCGAGGGACCACGGCACCAGGGCCUGAAGGAGACAAGCUGAGACUGGACACAUUCCCUUUCCUCAGUUCAGGUGCCCCGUGCUACUCCAAACCCCCGUCCCUGCUGGGCCCGUACCCUCGCAACCCACCCUUUGACUACCCCUGGGGCUUCAACCCCUACCUCCCAGGGGCCUUCUCUCUCAAUAACUGCCCCAAACUGCCCCCUGGCUCCCUCUACCCCUCCCAGUUUUAUCCCAACCCUUUGCAGAGCAGCCUUUCACAGCUGCCUCACCCCUUCUCCUCCCUGCUACCCCCAGGGGAGGCAGGUGGGGGUGAGAGGGGAGCAGCGGGUCAAACCGGAGGGACAAACGGCACAGCGGGUGGUCAGCCAGCCAGACUCUGCCUGCCACCCUACCCAGGGAGCCUGUCGAUGGGUCGGACGGACAUUGGCAAUGGGGCGACAUUGGGGGAAAGGGUGGAGGCCAAUCCUCCAGGCACGGGGCUGAGUCUGGGGCUAGGAGCGGUUGGGCUGGGACCCGGGACUGGGACAGACCGGCAGAGCCCCACAGAGAGGAGAGGGGGUGUGAAGCAGGACCCGGAGUCAGACUCAGACCUGGAGAUCACAGAUCUGAGCGACUGCAGCUCGGAGAACGAAAACGAGCAUGAAUUUGGCAUCAGGAAGGAAUCCAGCCUUGCAAACCGACCACAGAUUGUGUUGGAUGGAAAGAAAGGGAGCGUGCUCCCACCCAUCUCUUCUCUCCCCCCGCCAGUGUCCCCGCAUCCUCUGAAGAGCCUGAUCCCCAUCACUCCUCCUCCGCCGUCCCUGGCUCCAUCACUUUCCCCUUCCAUGGCUCUGCAUGAAAGACACAGGGACACAGAGACUCUCAAAAUGAUACACAGCUAA